AUGGGAAGAGAUGCGUUGGAGGAGAGUCUUAGGAGGAAUGGGACUGCUAGUCUUGGCGUUGCAGGUCUACGAGAGGUCAGGCUCACUCGGGAUGAGGCGGCCGUACAAUGUACGAUGGGAAAUCUGGCUGCCAAAGGCAAUCAGCCUGAAGUAGCGAAACAGCAUUAUCUCCGUGCUCUCUCUCUGAAUCCCUGGAUUUGGGAAGCAUAUGAAGGUCUGGCCUAUCAGUCUACGUUCCCAGAGUUGGAUAAUAUAUUGGCUGCACGACGUAAAGUGCCCAACAAGCGACGGGCGCUUUCUGACGACCCUAUGGAUGACAUUGAUGAACAUGCACUUCCCCCACCUGCUGCAACCGGUGCUGGGUUCUUCACUCCCAGUACCAACGGCGCUACAGCUCCGCCGCCGCCACCACCUUUGUUUCUCAAUCGAAAUGGGCGAGUUAUGACCACCAAAGUCCCUAUCCCAAAAGCCACCGGAGCAGCCGCUGGUCCUUCACGAUUACCAACCAUUCCCGCUCGUCAGGCCGAGGGUCGUCCCCCAGUUCUGAAGAAAGCUCGCUCUCAGACCGCAACUGCGGCACCUCCAGCUCGCCCGACAAGAUCUAGUACUCAGGAUCUCCGCAAAGGAUCCUCUUCGCGCUCGACGAGCGUGGAAGCGCCAUUAACCCGACGCAGUACCCGCCUUGCGAGCGCUUUGAGGAAGCCGCAGCAGCUCGCAAAGAAACCGCCUCCACCCCCUUUACAGCAACGUACAAAGCGAGUGCCUGGAAGACAAGUGCCAAAGGAACCACCAGCUCGGAUUGACGAAGUACGAGAACCGGGGGGGUACUCCCCCUCCUCGCAUUCCGCGGCGUCUCCUCCAGUCGAUGCGUUCGCCAUGCGAAAUACAAUGUGGAAUGUAGCAGAGCAAAUACACCAGGAGCAGGUGGACAAAGAAGAUGCUGACCAGUGGAUUGACGAGCUCGUGCGGAUAAUGGCCAAGGCAGUGCGGGCUCUGACGAAUUACCGGUGUAGCGAAUGUUUGGAUGAAUUGGACAAACUCCCUGAAUCUCAGGAGAGAUGUGCUUGGGUCUACUGCUUGAUUGGGAGGGCGAAAUAUGAGAUGACUAAUUAUCAGAGUGCGGAACGAGCAUUCCAGAUGGCUCGGCUAAUGGAUCCACAUCGACAGGAAGACAUGGAAAUCUAUUCGACGUUACUCUGGCACUUAUCGCGCGAAGUCGCCUUAUCUUUCCUCGCUCAAGAGUUGGUUGCGUCAAACUCGCGGGCACCGCAAGCUUGGGUUGCAGUGGGGAACUGCUUCUCAUUGAAGAAAGAGCAUGCCCAUGCCCAGACAUGCUUCCGACGGGCAGCACGAUGCAAUCCUAGCUUUGCGUACGCGUACACUCUGAGCGGGCACGAGGCUUUGGCCACGGAUGAGACGGAGAAAGCGAUGGCACUUUUCCAGACGGCCGUGCGAACUGAUCAGCGACAUUACAACGCCUGGUAUGGACUGGGACGCGCGUACCUCAAGCAGAUGAAGUUCCGUAUGGCAGAGUACCACUUCCGGAAGGCCGUGGACUUGAAUCCCUCGAACGCUGUUCUGGUCUGCUGUGUUGGCACCGUCCUGGAGAAGCGGGGUCAACGGGAAAAUGCGCUCACGGUGUACGAUGCGGCGCACGCGCUCGCGCCCACAAGCGCGAUGGUAUUGUUCCGCCGUGCCAAAGUCCAAGUAGAGCUUCAGCGCUAUCAGGCAAAUCCCCCUUUUCUUCCCUUAUCACACGCCCAACGAUUAACGCCGGUUGCACAGGACGCACUCCGGGAUUUGGUGACGCUACGGGACACAGUACCAGAAGAAGCAAACGUUGCGUACACACUUGGGCGAGUGUACCUACUUCUGGGGGACAGGAUCGAAGCCACGCGCACACUUGCGAUCGCCCAGGAUUUGGAACACAAGUUGGGGCCAGCGAUCAAGAUGUUGCUCGAGGCGGGGCAAGAGGAAGGACCGGGCCGAGGAGGAGAGGGGUUGGGAGGUGCAAGUGCUGGUGGCGGAAGUGCUGGAACGGCAACGGCGGGGAACGGAGGAGAGCGGGGUGGGCCGGAUGCGAGCGUAAGCAUGGCCGAAGCGUCCACAAUGGAUGUAGAAGACGUGCCAUAG